AUGACUUCCAAGGAGGAAGGCAAGGCGGCGCCGGGGGAGGAGCGGCGGCGCAGCCCGCUGGACCACCUGCCGCCACCCGCCAACUCCAACAAGCCGCUGACGCCGUUCAGCAUCGAGGACAUCCUCAACAAGCCGUCUGUGCGGAGAAGUUACUCGCUGUGCGGGGCGGCGCACCUGCUGGCGGCCGCGGACAAGCACUCGCCCGGCGGCUUGCCCCUGGCGGGCCGCGCGCUGCUCUCGCAGACCUCGCCUCUGUGCGCGCUGGAGGAGCUCGCCAGCAAGACCUUUAAGGGGCUGGAGGUCAGCGUCCUGCAGGCAGCCGAAGGCCGAGACGGAAUGACCAUCUUUGGGCAACGGCAGACCCCCAAGAAGCGGCGAAAGUCGCGCACGGCCUUCACCAACCACCAGAUCUACGAGCUGGAGAAGCGCUUCCUCUACCAGAAGUACCUGUCCCCUGCCGAUCGCGACCAAAUCGCGCAGCAGCUGGGCCUCACCAAUGCUCAGGUCAUCACCUGGUUUCAGAAUCGGCGCGCCAAGCUCAAGCGGGACCUGGAGGAGAUGAAGGCCGACGUGGAGUCCGCCAAGAAACUGGGCCCCAGCGGGCAGAUGGACAUCGUGGCGCUGGCCGAACUGGAGCAGAACUCGGAGGCUGCGGGCGGCGGCGGCGGCGGCUGUGGCAGGGCCAAGUCGAGGCCUGGCUCUCCCGCGCUCCCUCCAGGCGUUCCGCAGGCCCCAGGCGCUGGGCCCCUGCAACUCUCGCCCGCUUCCCCGCUCACGGACCAGCCUGCCAGCAGCCAGGACUGCUCGGAGGACGAGGAAGACGAAGAGAUCGACGUGGACGAUUGA